ACACGAUACAAUAACAUUUUCAAGAUUGCUUUUACAGUUGCUCUUCAAGUAUUUAUGUCAUUAAUAGUUGAAUAAUACAUUGGACUGUUUUACCGAAACAACGAAUUUUUGUUUCACAAUGUUCACUGACCGAUCAUUCGAUUCUGUAAGCUUCGAUUCACAAGUAUCAACUCCAAAAUCGGAAUUAUCAACGACCGUGCAAACAACAGAAAUUGUUUAUAAUGAGGACCCUGUACAAACAAUCGAAAGAAGAAGUAUUGAGACUCAAACCAUUACCGAAGAGAAGAAAAACUUGAAUGUUGACUAUGAUAAGUUGGCUGAAUUUUUAAAGAGAGUCACGCCAAGUAUAUUGGAAGCUUUAGAUGAGGCAUAUGGAACUGAUGCUUUUGAAGAUUAUGAUCCAAAGACCAGUGAAGAUUCUUUCACAAAUACCCAGCUUCUGCAAAAAAUUAAUAGUACUAAUGAAACAGAGUCCCAAAUGAAAGUAAGCGAUAUAUGUUGGAGUAUUGGAGGAGGAACACUGGCUGUUUCCCAUGGCAUUCCUUACCAUGAUACAUGGUGUGAUCACCUGUCUAAAAUACAAUUGUACAACCAGACAAAGGAUGGUAUUUUCACAGACAGUCCAAAUAAGAUAUUGGAAAUAAAUGCAUGUGUGACAACAUUAGCUUAUCAUCCAACUGAACCAUCUAUUUUAGCAGCUGGUUUAUUUAAUGGUGAUGUUCUUGUGUGGAACCUAAGGGAUGAUGUAUGGGUAACAUCAGUAUCAGUUUGCACUCAUGGGGAUACUGUGUCUCAAGUGUACUGGAAAGAAAGAACAUUGAAUGAUGUGUCCUUGCUAGUGAGUUCUAGCAAAGAUGGAUAUAUUUUUGUAGAUAAAAUGGUAGCUAACUUUACCAUUGCUCACCCAUAUAAACGAUUAAAAGUAGCCAAAGAACAUAAUCCAAUAGAAAAUACAAGACCACGUAGCUCUGGUGGAACUCGUGAACGCGCAAUUGAGUCCGGAUUAUGCAUCACCGCAUUUGAUUUCUCAUUCAAACAUCCUGUAUUCUUUAUUGUUGGUACUCUGUGUGGUGGAAUAUACAAAUGCAGUCUCGAUCGCGUUGCUCCCAUUGAAGGAAGUAACACUUUCAUGGAUCCUGUGAUCGACGAAUAUGAGAGGCAUGAAGGUAGUGUAACUUGCAUUAAAUUCUCCCCUAUUCGUAACCUUUUCAUCACUUCCGGUACAGAUAAGGAAAUGCGGAUAUAUGAUUUUGAAGAGCACACGUGUCUACGAUCAAUUUCUUUUGAAAACACAGUCGUAGGAUUAACGUGGAUGAUUGGAAAUCAAGAUGUAUUGGCAGCUUAUGGAGCUGGUUCACAAAUAAGGUUGUAUAAUGUCACUGAUGGUAGACCUAUAACCAGUGUCAAGUUUGAGGAAUCUGAUAGAGAAAAUACAAGCUGUUUACGCGUCAACUCUAAAAAAGACUUAGUGGCUAUUGGUGAUACUCAAGGAAAUAUAGAACUUUGGAAAGUUCCACGACAAUUGCUUUAAAUAAAUUAUAGAAAAUAUGCCUUAUUAAACUCUGAAGUCAUAUUAUAAUUAUA